AAUCCAAAUCCAGCCCCAAAUAAACAUAAAAUACAAUACCCCAUUUUUCUUCUUCGUCUGAUAUAUCGUUUUCCUUUGUUUUCUCACUGCAGCCGAACCCUCUCUUUCUGUCUCGGUGGAGGCGGGAGUGUUUCCCGAUUAGGCUAUCACCAUGGAAGAACACGAACCAUCAUCAUCAAAAUCCAGAACCAAGAAGUCAAAGAAGAGAAACAGGGAAGAGAAUCUUCAAAAACCAAUUGAACCAGGAGCACAAAACCCUGUAGCAAAAAAGGAGACUUUGCAAGUAAAAAUCCAACUUUUUCAAGACCAACCAAGCAAGAUUCCACCCUUAGUUGCCUAUUUCCCAUCUGGAUAUAAUCCUAGUGAAGCCAAUCCUCAAACCCGACAAGAGGAAGAAGAGGGGAACAGCCAAAGCAACCCACCAAAGAUCAAGGUUUUUAGAAACAUGGCUCAAAGAAAGACUAAUAGGCUUCAGGUUGUGGUUAGCCCAAGCGGGUCUAAUGUGGAUUUUGUGGGAUCGAGUUAUAGUGGUGAGGCUGCUGCUCCACAAGUUUGCAGGUUCUCACUUGGGGUUCUUGAUAAGGAGACCGGGACUCUCAAGAUUGUUCCUAUUGCUUGUAAUAAGAUAUUUAGAUUGGAACCAAGAGUUAGAAGCUCGGAGGCUGCUAAUGAUGGUGCUUCGAAUUCAGUGAAGAGUGAACUUACUAGCGAAAAGAAGGACAAAAUGGGAGAGCUUACUGCACUUUAUGGAACAAAGAAGGAUAGGAAGAAGAGGAAGGAUUUUAUUGAUUUGAAGAAGGAAGCUGAUCCUGAAUUACAGAAAUCUUUGGACAAGAAGAUUGAGCAAGUUGCCUUUGAUAAGGAGGCCUUGGAAAAUACCAGUGCUCUUAUUACUCAUAAUAUCCCUCCAUAUGACUCUUCUGCUACUACACCCCUAGAAGCUUACCCAUUGGACAAGAUUAUUUUCAAGGGAGAGUGGGACUUCCUUGGAGAUAUUUAUAAGCUUUUGCAAGUGGGAGCAGAAGUAGCAAGCAAUGCUUAUCCACACUUUGUUUGCAACAGAAUUCAUAAAUUGGAUGCCAUUCGGGAUGAGACAGUGAAGGGGAAACUCUCAUGUAUCUUUUCGUAUAUUACUCAUCUUGUGAAGUUCAAGGAUCUCUUCUCCAUGGGACAUGUUACAUCUGCAAAGAACCACAAUUUCCCAAGCAUCAUCCGCCACAGGUUUAUGAGCAUGUUUACUGAUCCAGGGUCUAAAAUACUUUCCAGUGACAAAAUUGAUCUUCUGAUUAGUUAUGUCUUGGUGCUCACUUUGCAUGCUGAUGGAUUUCAAACUGACCCAUCUGAUAUAGCAAAGGAUCUAAGAGUCAGUAAAGUAGAUUUGAGACGUCAUUUUCUGAAUUUGGGGUGCAAAUUUAUGCAUGAGAAAAGUAUAUUAUUUGCUACCCUUCCUGUUCCUCUAAAAUUUCCUUCACAGAAUUUGAAGCAGAGGCGGAGACGGUAGAUAAAUCAAUUGUCGUGAGUGCUGUAAUAGUAAUGUCGCUUCUUGACAUCAUACGGAGGUGGUUUUGGCUAUGUGAGUAUGACUGCAUGAAAAAUUUUCAUUUAGCCUGUUUACAUCAUUGACAUUUUUGUUACUAAUUUUUGAAGCAAAAUGGGAUGAUUUGUAGUUGAUAAGGGUCUGUAACAUUUUCGUUUGAUAUUAUAUGGACUACUCAUCAAACGGUAUCGAGCCAUGAAAGAUUUUAUGGUAAGAAUUAGCAUGCUAUCAUUUGUUGUCUGCUUUUGAAUUUUUCUUCUUUUCCUUAAUCAUUGUUGAAUUGCAAGCCUCUUUGAGCAGGGCAAGAGUUGAAUAGUAAGCCAAUAGAACAA